UUGGACAGCCAGAGGGGUUAAUCUGGCUUCAGGGAGAAAACAUGAAGCUCCUUGUAUUUGUCCUUUUAUUAUUCUUUACUUCUGAAAUAAGAAGCUUUGACAUAAUAAUAGAGGAGGCUCCUGAAUCUGCUGACCUAGGGGACCUACUGAAAGAGUUUCAGCCCAGUCUUACUGAAAGAAACAAGAGAAGCGUACUCAGUGACGAUGAUGACAGUGAGGUUUUUACAGAAGAUUCAAUUACUCUUCACAGCUACAAGGUUGAAUCCAGUAUAACUUCACAUUUUGUAAACACCAUGAUUAGAAGCAAAGUGGUGAACAAUGCCAAGCAUUCACAGAACCUUGCAUUUGAUAUCCAGAUACCUAAAGGAGCUUUCAUCAAUAACUUUACUAUGAAUGUCAAUGGUAUCACAUUUAGUGGGUCCAUUAAGGAGAAAUCUGUGGCCAGAAACAUGUACUCAAAAGCAAGGGCAAGAGGCAAAGCAGCUGGAUUGAUGAGGACUAAUUCCCUGGAUAUGGAAAACUUUAAAGCUGAAUUAAAUGUGCCACCGGGAACCAAAGUACAGUUUGAAAUUCAUUACCAAGAAGCCCUGCGUCGCAAGUUAGGAGUUUAUGAGCAUGUUGUCUAUGUUCAACCUGGCAGACUGGCAAAGCAUUUAGAGGUUGAUGUUUAUAUUACAGAACCACAAGGAUUUAGUUUUGUUAAUGUUCCCAAAACAAUUACAGGAGAUUUUGCUGAAUUAGUCAAAAUUACAACAGGAGAUAAAAAGGCUCACAUCUCAUUCAAGCCAACUUUGGAUGAGCAGCGACAAUGUCCCACAUGCUCCACCACAGCUGUGAAUGGAAACCUCCUUGUAAAGUAUGAUGUUAAAAGGGAAAAAAGCAGCCACCUUCAGGUUUUCAAUGGAUAUUUCCUGCACUUCAUUGCACCAGAAAAUCUGUCUCCUCUUCCUAAGAAUAUCCUAUUUGUUAUUGAUGUCAGUGGCUCCAUGUGGGGUUUGAAGAUGAAACAGACCGUUGAGGCUAUGAAAUCUAUUUUGGAAGACCUGCGUCCCGAUGACCAGUUCAGUAUUAUUGAUUUCAACCAUAAUAUUCGGUGUUGGAAAGAUGAACUGGUUUAUGCCUCAUCUGUAGAAAAACAGGAUGCCUCAAAAUAUGUUCAAAGUAUCCAGCCCAAUGGAGGUACUAACAUUAAUGAAGCUUUGCUUAGAGCAAUAUUUAUACUCAAAGAGGCCAGCAACAAAGGUAUGCUGGAGCCCAAUUCAGUUUCCCUGAUUGUGCUGGUGUCUGAUGGAGAUCCAACAGUAGGUGAGAUAAAACUGUCUAAAAUUCAGAAGAAUGUGAGGACAAAUAUCCGUGAUGAUUUUGCUCUACAUUCCCUUGGCAUUGGAUUUGAUGUGGAUUAUGAUUUCUUGGAAAGACUUGCCCAGGAGAACCAUGGAAUGGCUCAGAGAAUUUAUGGGAAGCAGGAUACUGCUGCUCAACUAAAGGAGUUUUAUAAAAAAGUAUCUACUCCCCUCCUGAAAAACAUUAUUGUUAACUACCCAAUGGAAUCUGUCUCAGAUGUGACUCAGAACAGUUUUCACAACUACUUUGGGGGUGAUGAGAUUGUUGUUGCAGGUAAACUCAAGCCUGACAGUGUUCCAGGUCUAGUGAGCAUCAUUAGUGCAACAUCGGCAAAUGCAGACUUAGUAUUUGAAACAAUAGAAGCAGCAGAAGAGCUAAAUGAAUUAUUUGAGGAGAGCAAGCAUGCAUUCCCUGACUUUGCCAAGCAAUACUGGGCUCAACUCACCAUCAACCAGCUCUUAGCAGAGAGGAACUUGGCAGCUACAGCAGCUGAAAAAAGAAACAUUACACAGACUAUCCUUCAGCUGUCUAUUGACCAUCACUUUGUGACGCCCUUCACCUCCCUACUAAUUGAAAGUGAAAAUGGAAAUGAAAGAAUGUUGGCUGAUUCGCCUAGAGAUCCCAAAGGAGGAUGCUGUCAAACAUUGGUUGUGAAUUCUAGGAUACCCCCAAAUCUACCUCAACCAACACCAACAGUGCCAAAAGCCGAAGUAAAAGGAUCCACUGACAUUUAUAUACCUACACCUACGCGUACCCCUGACUCUGAAAUACGUCAGUUAGUUGAUGAUGAUCCACACUUCAUCAUAAACUUGCCAAUAAGUCAAACAACUGUCUGCUUCAAUAUUGACUCUCAACCUGGAAGUAUCUUGAACUUAGUGUCAGAUCCUGAACAAGGCAUAGCAGUGAAUGGGAAAAUAAUUACUGCCAAAAAGGCCAAAGCUGGCAAAAUAAAUACUUACUUUGGGACAAUUGGAAUGUAUUUCAAGAAACAAAACAUGAAGAUUGAAAUUAGCCCUGAGAAGAUUACUGUGAAAGAUGCAUUCCAUAGCAGAAUAAUAUCAUGGUCAGAAUCAAGCAUUAUGGACCAAAAUGGGUUCCUUAUAUCGGUGAAGAUGAAUAGCAAUGUCACCAUUACAGUUAAUGAAAAUAUGAAGCUCUUGGUGAUUCUUCAUCGUGCUUGGAAGAAGCACCCAGUUAACAUAGAUUAUCUUGGACUCUACAUUCCAAAUGAAACCAAGUUCUCGGCUGCCACUCAUGGGUUAAUUGGCCAGUUUAGAAAUGAACCUGAAGUCAGUAUUUACGACGUGAGAGCAGGCAGUGACCCAGAGAAGUCCAUUGCUACAAUGAAUAUAAAUGGAGAGAAACUUACCGUAACAAGAGGGACACAGAAGGAGUAUCAAUCACACCCUGGGAUGCCAACUAGUGUUACCUGCUGGUUUGUGCACAACAAUGGAAAAGGCUUUAUUGAUGGACAUUACAAGGAUUACAAUGUACCACAGAUCUACAGUUUCUUUAAAAGUCAUUAAAAAAACAUGACAAAACUUGUUUUACUAAGAAAAUACAUUUGUUGCAUUUUUGUUCAUUUUGGCAAAUAUUUUCUCUUUUACUGUGAUGAAAUAGUUAUCCAUUACAUGUGCAACUCAAUAGAUGGCUAAAUAUGCCAAGGGAAUUUCCAUGCUUCAGACCAAAAUGCCCUAAAGAUCAGCACUCCCCAUAUGGUAUAUCUGUGAGACGGAUACACAAUUCACCUAUAGCAAAGCAUUCAAAAGAAAGUCAUUUAAUCCACUCAUAACACUGUAUACUCUUAAUGGAAUUAUUGGCUCCAUCCAAUCAAUAUUAAUAAAUGGAUAAUAAGGUUAUAUUUAAAA